AAAAAUAACGAUAUCUUCUUCUCUUCCGAUUCUUCUGAAAUGCUUCUGGAUGGUGUAUUGGAGAUGCAGACAGUUGCAUAUGGAGUUGUGGUCAAUUUCAAUCAGUAAUUUCUUCUUCUUUUUUUAGGUUCGGUGGUACAGAGAAGAUGGGCGGUGUUCUGAGUAAGGCCGCCGAUGGCUUCGGAAAUGCCCUCGCCGUUCCCUUCAAGGCUAUGCUCGAAGGAUCUUGCGAAGAGGUUUGCAGCGGAGUUUGGGAUGUAUCGUGUUUCAUCACUCAUCUUUGUGUCUCGGAUUUGAUCAAGUUAUUUAUGAUCCUGGUGCUUUGCUACAUAACUUUAUUGUUUCUCUACAUGUUCUUCAAACUGGGGAUAUGCCAGUGCGUAGGGAAAACUAUAUGCGGAAUGUACUGCUCAGCGUGUAAGGUUUACUGGACAUCAAUCGGGUGUCUAAUGUGUUUCUUCUGGCAUAAACUUAUCAAUGUUCAGCGUGUGGAUCGUCGCCUCCACCGACGGCGGCGCUUCGUAGAUGUUGAAUCUGGUGAUAAUUCCUUGAGUCUUUACGGUGAGUCUUCGUUUGUUGAUGGAGGCGAUGUAAGGAUGUCUAGAAAGAGAAAAAUGAUGAUCAAGGGGACCGGGGAACGUAGGCUUUACAGCCAGCAUUAUUCUCGCCAUCACAGUCCCCGCCACCAACACUGCCACCAAAAGAGCCAUCAUCCUCGGGGUAGUAUGUAUAGAAGAGAAGCUGGUCUUCAAGUUAAGGGUAAGCCUCUUAGAUUGGAAAAGUUAAGACAUCAUUCUCAGAGAAAGGACAUUGUUGUUGUUGGCCCCAAGAUGGCAUCCUUCAAACGAAGACGAAUUGUUGUCCAAUGACUUUUCCUUUUCAAUUGUGAUUGUGUUAUUUUGUUUAUUUUGUAGAUACAUAUAGAUUCUGGAAUCUGCUAGAUACGAAUUUAAGAAGAUAAACAAAAUUUAAGAAGAUGAACUAUUCUUGAAACAUUGGAUUUCAAUGGUUAUCACAUUUUCAAAGAAAAAAGGAAAUGAAAAAUAGUAAGUUUGAAAACAAA